AUGUUCCCGACGAACGCAGAGACUGUACCCAAGUCUCCCCAAACGAGAAAACGCCAUCCUCCUACCAGCCAACACUUACCUGGAACUCUGAUCACGCAGCUGGGUGCGCCCACACAUCUAUCUCAGCCUCGGAUAGCAAACACCCCACGGAGGCACCGGCUGUCGGCAAAAACCCUGAGUGUUCCAGCCCGGACCGCCCACAGCACUUACAAACGUGACACACAGAAGGCCCGGGUGCACGUCCGAAGGGGCAGAAGCAAGCAACACUCCCAGAGCAGAAAGCGAUCCUCACUGCCAACACAACCAGCGCACACUAAGGCACAGCUACGAUCCAGCAUCGGGAACCCAGACUGGCCGGAGAUAUUAAUUGACACCCUGAUUGCGGAGUAUGGCUUGGCCCCCCGACUCACCUCGAGGCCCGACUGCCUGCGUUAUCUCUCCAGGUUGCAGGACGGUGUCAUGCCCACUGUCGGUGUCGGCUGA